UGUUAUUUGUUUGAAAAUGGCGGUCUACGAAGUCUUCUCGCACCCCGAACUGAGAAGAUACCGUACCACACUCUGGUCCGGCGCUUCGAUCAUCCUCAUUUUCACACUUUUCCUCACCUUUAUACCACCUCUAUUUAUUGUAUACAGAAGCCAGGGUUUCUGGAAGAAGACAGACACGUACCGUGAGUACCCAGAUGUUCGGUUCAAGAAUGAGUUGCUGAUGGUAGCCGAGCUGGAGGGGGAUGGGAACUACGUCACGUACAGCACCUUCCAGACAUACAAUACCCUGCAGCAGAACCAUCUACGUGUGCCCCUCAUAACUUCCCGUGAGGAGGACAGUAAUGGAGAUGGUCGUGCUGACCUCUUGACCUUCACCCUGGAGCUGCCCCUGGCCGACACUGAAAACAUCCUGGGGAUGAAGCUGCUGCUCUUCUUUGACUACAAGCUCUAUCAAUUCUCCACUCUGACCAUGGAAGGAAUGGGUUACCUCAACCAUGACAGCCCAAAGGGUGGUGCUAGAUACGAUGUGGUCGGGGAACUACGCUUCAACCAGAAGGAGCCACUCAAACACACUGGCACUGAUGACAGAUACAAUACGUCCAUCAUUGAUUCCUCGAGCAUCUACGCGGAAGACUUCCACCUGCCAACCAUCUUCCAGAACUAUGUGGAACGUAACCUAACAACCUAUCUUCACGCCCCCUACACGGCAUGGAGUACGGGUCGUGGCAAGGGCCAGCCCUUCAUUGUGAGUGCCCGGAUAUCCUACCCGGAGGAAGGUUUCACGUACAUUCCAGGCUUCUGGUACCUCAUCAAGUGGGGCUGGGUGCAGUACGUGUCAGUGCUGCUGAUAUUCCUGUUCAUCUUUGACAGGAUCAAGGUGUUCAUCUAUCAGAACCAGCUGGUCAACACGAUGGUGGCCAAGGCAUGGAGGGAGGAGAUUAAGGCCAGCUAGGUGGGAAACUUGGCCCUAGUAUCAUGAACAUUCAAGAGGUUUGAGUAUUCACUCAGCUGAGUAAUUAGCAUGUCUCUAAGGUCACAAUCUCAUAUCUCAGCUACAAGAAUAUGCACAUAUUCCUCUUCAAACUCAGGGUUAACCCGUUACCACUUAGAUACGUAUUUGACACAUUUGUAGUCCCAUACAAAGUUACAUUUGAUUAAAUACCUUUCUUACUAAAUUCAAGUUUUAAAGGCUUCAUUUCCAAGCCUUUGUUAGUGAUGAGCAUCAAAUAGCAUAAAGCCUGAACACACUGCGAUUCACCCUUAGGCUGUUCCGGGCUGUUCUGGUUUUAUGCUGGUCGCAAAAGCCAUUUUCACUUUGCUUCUUGUGGGUGAAAGGGUUAAGUUGCACUCAAAACUCACACAAGCUUCUGUGAAUACCACAUUGGGCAUGACGGUCAAACUCAUCUAAACAAUCUAGCAGAUACAAAGUUGAGUCAGAAUAUUGACUUAAGUUAGUUCAUGGUACUAGGCCUAGAUCUCACCCGUGAUAGACAUUAACACAAGCCCCAUACUGGUUGGUUGUCGUCAAGCAAGCUCGCUCAUAUAUGUGUAACGUUUUCUUGAAUGUUAAUAGGAAUUUAGGCUUGUUUGGCAUAUCUGUAAUUUAAUCAACAUGCAGUUGGGUUAUGUGGGACUAGAGAUAGCUGUGAUAUUUUAUUUAUUAAUUGAGCCCAGUUCUGAGAAAACUAGUCUUAAUGUAUGUGCAUAGUUACAUCCAACAUUAGCCUGCACAGACCGCACAGGCUAGUCAGGGAGGACACUGUCUGCUUUUAUGCUACUUCUCGUUUAAAGAAAGUCUCUUUUAAACAAAAAUCCAGUUUAGGUGGCAAGUGUCGUCUCAGAUUAGCCUGUGGGGACUGCACAGUUAUCUUGGAAAGCAGGUUACGCACAUCCACUGAUUGACAUGUAAUAAUAAUUUAUAAAAUCCUGAAUUAUUAUCUCAUUUAAAAUGGCUUUUGUGAAAAAAGUUUUGAAUUAAGACGGGGUUUUUUCUAAUCACGUUUUAAUAUUACCUAUACUCAUUACAUUGGGAAUUUAGCAUCAAUUUACUUUUUAUUGGGAAAGAAUAUUUGACACAUAUUUAGCAUUAUGAACUAAGUGUGAUACAAAUUUUGUUCAAACAGUAAAUUCCAAACAUAAAUAUAUAUAGAUAUCAGUAAACUGGAUAUUACAACUUCAAAAUUCUUUAUUUCUAGACAUAUCAUCUCUAUUUUUAGACAUCAAAUAGUCCAUCAUUUUAGAAUAUGUUGCACAGGAUUUGGGAAAGGAUACGUUUAAGCAGUGGGAUUAUGACCUAAUAACGGCUAUACAAUCAGCCAAAAAGAGCACUGUGGGGCUUUUAAAAAUACACAGUUUAUUGCAAGACAUAAUGCAUUUCAAGAGAUAUUCACCUUUCCAAAGUAUCUGUUGUUUUGAUGAUCGCAAUACCACUGUAUUAUGGUAAUACAUGUAAUUUAUAACUUUCUCAAAUCUAUAACUGAAGGGAAUCCGUCCACUUAUUUAUUUAUGCUCACCUGUGACUCAUUACAUUUGAAGUGUAUGUACUAUGUAUGAAAGAGUUGUCUCUGUUUCUCUUAACUUCUGAGAAUGAGCCUUGCUUUGGAAAAAUGGGGCUGAAUGCUUGUAUGUAAAGUGUUCCUGUCUUCGAUGGUUUCUUGUUGUUUCAUUUUUGAUUUCAAUCAGUGAUUCAUUAAAGCAUGUAUUUGUUUUUGGCAACAUGAUUGACGCAAGAGGGAAAAUACAUGUAGGUUGGACUGGUUUACAAAUGAUCAUAAACAAAUUUGAUUGAGAUCUAAUCUCAAUGAAGUGUUAAAACUUUUAUCUUCAUGUUCACGUAAUAAUUCUCAGUUAGAUUAGAUUUUAGAGUGAAUAAGUAUCAAUGUUUGAUUGUUAGUGAUAUAUUAUAUAUUUGAACAGUUUGCCAGCUUUACUUUGUAAAUAUGUCAUGUAUAUUUUAUGCUCAUUUGCAUAUGUAUAUUUGUAGAUAAAUUUGUAAUAAAACUGACACUGCC